UUUCCACCCCACCAUGUCAGAAUACUGGGCUGGCUGCUCAGCUGUUCUCAGAUGCAGGACCUUAGCUGUUGCUUGGUCAUCCCCUAUACUGUCUGCAGUCUAUGGUCAUCCCCUGUACUGUCUGCAGUCUCUGGUCAUCCCCUGUACUGUCUGCAGUCUCUGGUCAUCUCCUGUACUAUCUGCAGUCUCUGGUCAUUCCCUGUACUAUGUCCGCAGUCUCUGGUCAUCCCCUGUACUGUGUCCGCAGUCUCUGGUCAUCUCCUGUACUAUGUUUGCAGUCUCUGGUCAUCCCCUGUACUAUGUCCGCAGUCUCUGGUCAUCCCCUGUACUAUGUCCGCAGUCUCUUGGUCAUCCCCUGUACUUUGUCCGCAGUCUCAGGUCAUCCCCUGUACUGUGUCCGCAGGCUCUGGUCAUCCCCUAUACUAUGUCCGCAGUCUCUGGUCAUCUCCUGUACUACGUCUGCAGUCUCUGGUCAUCUCCUGUACUACGUCCGCAGUCUCUGGUCAUUUCC